AUGCCUCCGCAACAGUCCGUCUGCACGCAGUACUACAUCCACUACCGCUGCGGCCACGCCAUCGACACCGAGUUCGUGCUGUGCGCCUACCACGCCGGCAAGGUUGAGCUGCGUUGCAGCGACACCACCUGGAAGCGGCUGGAGGAGAAGACGUCCUCUCACAAGUGUCGAAAGUGCUUGCAGCCGGACAGCUGGAGUCGGCGUUGA